AGAAAAGAAAAAUCUUUAAAUAAACUAUGUUUUUUUUAUUUUUUUGACAAAGAACUUGACAUUUCACUAAGCAAAUCAAAUUUUAUAUCAUGUCAAAUAAAAAACAAUCAAAGAAGAAUUCUAAUGUCCUUCUAGGUUUUCUAGAUGGUAAAAUCGAAAUUGACGACGAUGCCUAUGCUACAAAACUAGGUGGCUUACCUGUCUGGCUUGAUCCUAAAUCACCACCUUCUUCUAAAGUUUGUAAAUGUCAUAAUUGUGGUGACCCUAUGUACCUUAUAUUUCAAAGCUAUGCUCCAUUAUCUGAUUCUCCUUAUCAUCGUGUGUUUUAUGUAUGGGGUUGUAAUAAGCGCUCCUGUAUGAGAAAGGAAGGAAGUUUUUCUGUAAUUCGUUCACAUAUGAUAGAUGAAGGAUAUUUAAAAGCACAGAGACAAAAAGAAGAGGAAAAGCGUAAACGAGAAGAAAAGAAAAAAGCAGCCGCAGCUAAAAAUCAACAGGCAUUCGGACAAGGAUUUCAAUUAGGCGAUUUAUGGGGUAAUUCAGCUGGAUCCUUUGGAAAUCCUGUAACUGGUAAUGGAUUUGGUAUGAUUAAAGCUUCCUCUAAACCAACGACAGCAGCUUCCAUUGUUGCAUCUACAUUACCGCCCAAGAAAAAUACAGACCAACAAGCAGAACAACUUAUAGAAAAAAUGAGUCAAUUAGGCAUUCAACAAGAUCCAAUUGAUACAAGCACACUUCCUUUUUUCCCUGGAUACUAUCUUUAUGUUGAUGAUGAAGUGCUUGAUGAUUCAAUGAUGGGUAUUGAUCUUAGUCGAUACCAAGAAUAUUUAGAUAUGGAAAAAAACUUACUUAUGGAAAUGGAUGAAGGAGAAGUAUGGCAAGGAGAAAGAUAUGAGAAGCAACAAUUGCCAAGAGGCGUUGAUAAACAAUUCAAGAAGUUUACAGAGAGAGUCGAAUAUGCGCCUUCUCAGUGUGUUAGAUAUGAAUUUAAUGGACAUCCCUUAUUUUAUUCUGCCUUACAACCUCAACAGCAACAAUUAAUAACAAGUCCAUGCAAAUAUUGCAAUGGACCUCGUGUAUUUGAAUUCCAAUUGAUGCCCAAUAUUUUAUCCAUUUUACCUACAACUGAAUAUGCAGCUAAGGAACAACCUACGACGAAUACAAAAAAUAUGGAUCCAAAGACUUUAUUAGAUAGCUGGAAUAUCGGUAUGGAAUUUGGUACUAUUUUAGUAUUUGCCUGUCAAAAAGACUGCCAUCCAAGUUCAAUAGAUGAUAUUGCUUAUAUGGAAGAAGCUGCUAUUGUACAAUAUGAGACUGAUUAAAAUAAAUUAUGUACAAAUGAAAAUCACAAUUUUUAUUU